UAAGAAUGUAAACCACAGGCAUUUCAGUGCUCUGUGGGUGAGGACUUGGCGUCCACUCGAACGGCUUUGACUGAGUCACUUCCUGGUCUCCUAUCCCUCUUCAACAUCUCUGCUAAUGUCUGCUUCUUACCUGCCUGGGGAUAGAGAUGAGACCCUAUGAUGUCGAAUGCCCACCACGCCAUCUGCACCACUGGGCACCCAGAGACUGUUCUAAAACUAAGAAGGGGAGAGUUCUUCUGUGCGUCCGGGAUAACUCCCAGCACCUCCUGAGUCUGGGUCUGGGGAGAAAGAAGACCUGGCUCUACGGGAGACAACAUGAGAAGCCACCUCUGCCCCUCACACAUGGUAAACGUCUUCAACGGCCCAGCCACAGCUCAGCAAGCGUUUGCCUGUCCAAGGCCGGACUACGCUAUUUCACCUUCGUGAGCAGAGUUCGACUGUGGGAUCGGGUGCAAACUCACAACCCUUCUCACCUACAGGCAGAUCCAGAUGGGACAUCGCUGCCUUGCCCGAGGUUCCUUGCUCACAUGAAUACUUUGUCCAACAGUCCACCGACGCCCUGGGAUUUCAUGAACGCUCCCCGGACCCACUAUCCUGAAGCCAUUGACAGAGAGCCACGCACAUCCACCAGAGAAAUCCGGACAUCAGCAGCACAUUAUAGGCACAGGUACCCAGCCAAAUCGUUUUGCCACUUGCAGUUUAAACGAAGCUCAAAACCUCAGCCAAAAUCACCCCCAGCAAGUGAGAAGUCAUCAGGAGAAGAUGAGGAAAGGACACUUGGUACCCUCUGGAAUACUCUAGCUGGAAGUAGUGAGCAGAAACCAGCUGAGGAGUCAGAUGCAAACAGAGGGUGUGAACACAAUGAGGAGUUCUGGAGUGAAUCAGAAUGGAAAGGUCCAGGGAUGGAUGAAGUGGACGUUCUGAGACAGAGCUUCAGUACCCUUCAGUUGGGAUCGGAGAGCACAUCAGCCCAAGGCAGAGAGCAGGCUUUGAAUGUGAGCAGGCAGGGGUUUGAGUUCAACCUUGACAGAGACAACGAUGAGACAGCUGCUGAAACCUGGGACAGACCCACGAACUCAAGGACCGGCAGCAGCACCGACCUCUCUCAACUCCGAUGUUCCUCCAUCUCCUGGGACAGCCGGGUUUCAACUGGCUCCACAGUGCCAGGAGGGAGCAUUGCCCCAUCUGAGACCCACCUUCGCAAUACCUCUCGGCUGGUGACGAGUGGCCUCUAUCAUAGCUUUGUGAGCUUGGGUCAGACCGCACGUGAUGGACACUGCACUGGUGAUCUGCUCAGAGAAUCAUCCUCUGCAGCAAGUCAGUCCCCCAUGGAGAGAAACCCAUCGUUUGUGGAAAUCUGGCAUGACCGGCUUCUGAACCACUGGCCUGUUCUCCCUCCAAUUUCACCACAGACAGGAAGUUUAGACGAUUGCUCACGUGGGAGUGGUGGUGGAGUGAAUCACAGCUACAGUGACCUCAGUGCAUAUGAGGAGCUCGACGAGAUCAUCCAACGCACCGGCUCAUCUUCGUCCCACCACACUCUGCGUGGUACGGCUGAAGAUGUGUCUGAUUCAGAGCUGAUCAGAAGAUCAUCUUUUUCUCAGACCACCUCGUCCUGGGCUGAUGAGACAUUGGCUGAAGCUAGACUGUCACUGCUGGACCACCAGGUCUUCAUUCAGCAUUGGGACACCAACCAGCUUGGGGAGCAAUUGACUCAGGCUGCAAUAACAGAGAGCACAGAAGCGAUGGCCGGAGGGGUGGCAGAGGAAGAUGAUGGCAGAUCCAAGAUUAAUGCAGGUUCACUGGCUCCUCGCCCAGCUAGCAGCUCACCAGCACAGGCACCAACUCCUACCCACAGGACUAACAAGGAUGACGUGGAUCUCGACUGUCUCACGACGGCUGAUGAUUUGUCACACAAGGCUGCACAGUCAAGCAGGACAAUCCCAUCCCCAUGUUCCGCUCCUGUAGUGCAGGCAUUGUGGGCAGCAGCCCACCCUGAGAAGGUCCACCAGUCUGAAGUCAACAUCUCACCCGGCGAGAAAGGACAAGGCUCUUCUCCACCGCCAGCCGGUUCAGUCUCUGCAGUGACGCCAAAUCUUUCUCCAGCCUCCAGCCGUCGGAAUGCAAGGACACUGGUGGCUGGGAGAGGGAGGUGGGUGUCGAGGGAUUCCUCAGGAGACCUUUUGUCAGGGGAGAUGUCUCGGCCACGCCAGGAGCCAAGAGCAAGAGGCUUACGCACGUUCAGAAAGCCGUGGAUGGUGGAAUCCCACAGACAGUCCAGCCCCGUGGUUACCAGUGUCUCUGAUAUCAGAGAGAAAAUGCUUUGCCAUUGUCUUCUUCUGAGCAGUGACUUUACAAGAAGGGUGACCCCAGCCAUUAGCAAUACUCUUCAGCUAUUUCUGCCUGGAAUCAGUAGUUGUAUAACCAGGACUGCUGUGAACUUUCUGGAGAAGUAUUGCAUCUUUAAUCAAGAGGACUUGGCAUUGUACAAGAAGAAGUUCCAGGAGGUGGAUAACAACAAUGAUGGCUACUUAUCCUGUGCGGAGCUAGUUACAGCUUUGAAAGAAAUGGUUCCAUUGGGAGCACUCACUGAUUCGGAGGAAAUUUAUAUUUACAGGAUAGACCAUGGAGAUACAACACAGAAACAAGCCCUUCAAGUGAAGUUUAAUGACGUGUGCAGAGAUAAGAUACUGGAGAGCCUGGAUUACCGCGUCACUGAUGGAUUGAUGGACCUCCGGCUCUUCACUGUGAUGGUCAGCCUGGCACAGAAGAUCACAGCACUGGAUGGCUUCAUGAGGUCAUUGAUUGGAAACAUGGAUCUAAAAGCUUUGGACCUGAAGCUAUACCGAGCUAAGCAACUAUUCCUGUGCAGUUUGGAAGCAGGGUCAAACACCAUCAGCGUCGAGCAGCUCCUGGUGGAACUGAAGGCUGGCAGAAUCAGCAGCGUCCACGAAGAGAAAGUCCGACAGGAGCUGCAACACAGCAGGGAGCUGGAUCUCCUGGAUUUCCUCACCUACCUCCCACUUUUUAUCCUGAUCCAUAACUCGGUUGUCUCAAAUCCACUGGACAACACUCCAACACUCUGAAUCUCGAGUCUGAGGUUUGGGGUACAAAGGAAGACACUGAUCAGGGAACGAACUACAGUGGUAUUUAGAGGGGAUAUCUUGGUGGGCUGAGUGGCAGGGUAGGGAUACGUCUCUAUCAAAGUAGAUGUAAGGCUCUCCUUCCUUCUGCUAACCUGUAGGUCACCCUUGAGCAAGAAGUAGGAUCUGCUUAGCACCUCCCCCCACCAUUGAUCAGUCUCCUGAAGCUGUGGGAGAAGGUGGUGGAUGAAACAUGGAAAAUCUAUACCACAUUACAGACCCUUUGUUGUGCCAACCACAGUUGUAUGAGCAGCUGGUGCAUAUCACAAGUUCUGGUUAUCCAACCAUUGAUGCCAGGCAGACAAUCUUGGAGGAGUAUUGAUCAGAAUCAGUUUUUAGUAUCACCAGCAUAUGUUGUAAAAUUCAUUGACUUUAUAGCAGCAGUAAAAUGAAAUGCAUGAAAAUAAAUACUGAGGAAAAAACUGAGAUACAUUAUCUAUAUGUUUAUUAAAUAGUUAGGUUAAAAUAAGUAGUGCAAGAAUAAGUUAAAAAAAAGUAGUGAGGAAGCGUUCAUGGGUUCAACAUCCAUUUAGAAAUCAGAUGGCAGAGGAGGAAAAGCUUUUGAUGAAUCACUGAGUGUGUGUCUUCAAGCUUCUGUACCUCCUUCCCAACAGUAACAAUGAGAAAAGGGCAUGUACUGGAUGGUGGAGAUCCCUAAGGAUGGACACCACCUUCUUAAAGCACCACUGCUUGAAGAUGUCUUGGGUACUAUGGAACAUUGUACUCACGAUGGAGCUGAUUAAUUUUACAAUUUUCUCCAAUUUACUUCAAUCUUGUCCAGUAGCUCCCCCCCCCCCCACCCCCAUACCAGUCUGUGAUGCAGCCAGUCAGAAUGCUCUCCAUGGUACAUAUGGAGAAGAUUUCAAGUAUUUUAGUUGACAAGCCAAAUCUCCCCAAACACCUAAUGAAAUAUAGUCACUGUCUUGCCUUCUUUGUAGCUUCAACAAUAUGUUGUGACCAGGUUAGGUCUUCAGGUUAGGAUAAUAGCUAAGGUCACCCAUUUUGUAAAGACAGUGCUCAGAAGAAAUGCUCAGACACUGCUCUGUAGAAAAAUUUACCAAAGACCCUGAUCACCUACAUCAUACAACAUGGUACAUGAUGAUGAUGAUCUUGGUGGGGGUGGAAUCAGCCAAUGAGGCUGUAAGGGUACAACUAACAGAGAUCAAUUUUAUGGCUGCUAAGUUUAUUAAUCUGAUAGAGUUAAGUUUGAUUCACCCUUGGUAUAUGCUAAAAUAUGCAACACAAAACGGAAGUUUGUACAACAAAAUGAUGUUAGUUUGGGAUGUGGGGAAGUUUUGUGAAAGUACAACGGGACCAGUCCACAGUCAUGUUUUGAAACAUAGAGUGAGUAGCAGCCUGCAGACUUGAGAAUACUUCAUGGUGAAAAACAUGUUUGUCUGGGAAGAGGAAGGUGAUUUUGCAGGUGCAGAUACCACCUUCUACUGUCCCAUGGGAUAGUAUGGGGGCAAAUCAUUUUUGAAGUGUAUAAAAUUUCUUGGUGAAGAUCAUAAUCUUCCCUCAGUCUGAAUUGCUAGGGUAGAGAAAGAAGACUGAGUGAAUGGUUGGACAUCUGUGAUUCUCUCCAUCAUUGUACAGAUUAAUCAAUAUUAUUUUGUUUCCUUCUCUGCUUUCUAAGUAUUCUUCCUUCAUUUUGUGUCUUUUAUUCUUUAUAUAAUUCUAAUAAGUUGCUUCCUUUUAUAACCUUUAAUACAUAUACAAUGCCUCCAUUGUUUGCAAAUACUUCUUGCUACUGAAACAGAAGAGAACAAGGAACAAAUUUUAAAAUCUUUUCAUUGCAACGAGAUUAUACCACAGCCUUCCCAAUGAUCAGCAGGAAUUGGAAAAAAAGGUAUGUGGGCAAGUUGCAGAGGGGUGUUCAAAUAGGAUAGUAGUAGAGGUGGUAUUUUCACUUUCCCAAUGCCGAUUGGAAUUUCCUUCAUGUAACACGCUUAGAUGGGGUGGAAUUUGUAAAUUAUAACUCAGGGUAUUUUCCAGACUGUGUGUAGAGAUCUACUAGGGAAUGGGAAGUACAAUCUCAAUUUCCGAAAUGAAGAUGGAAAAGAGAUAGAACUGUCUGCACAACAAACCUUCUGAAACAGUGACCAAAAUGGGAAGAGCCAAUUUCAAUGGUAUAAGACAGGGUCUGGCAAAGGUAGAUUGCUUAGCAUUGGUGUGAUGGGCUGAAGGGUCUGUUUAUGGGAGAUGAGAAGGAAUUUACUUGACCAGAGGACAGUGAAUCUAUGAAAUUCAUUGCCACCGAUGGCUGUGGAGGCCAAGUCCUUGCAUAUAUUUAAAGCAGAAAUAGAUAGGUUCCUGGUUGGUCAGGGCAUGAGAGGUUAUAUGGAGAAGGCUGGAGAAUGGGAUUGAAAGAGAUAACCAGUCAGCCAUGAUGGAAUGGUGAAGCACACUGGAUAUGUCAACUGGCCUCAUUCUGCCCCUAUGUCUUAUGGUCAUAUGGAGAUCAGCUACACAGACCACCCCAUCAGACACCAACAAUCAUUCCAUGGUCAAAGUCACUUAGGUCAUAUUUCAUUCCCAUGCUGAUGUUGAGACUGAACAACAGUGAGAGAAUAGGACCAAUCAAGUGUGACAGUGGAAAAGUGUGUAUGGAACCGGAAGAAAUAGCAGAGGUACUUAAUAAGUACUUUGUAAGUAUUCACUAUGGAAAAGGAUCUUGGUGAUUGAGGGGAUGACUUCCAGCAGACUGAAAAGCUUGAGUACAUAGAUAUUAAGGAAGAGGGUGUGCUGAAGCUUUUGGAAAGCAUCAAGUUGAAUAAGUCACCAGGACUGGACGAGAUGUACCCCGGGCUAUUGUGGGAGGUGAGGGAGGAGAUUGCUGAGCCUCUGGUGAUGAUCUUUGCAUCAUCAAUGGGGACAGGAGAGGUUCCGGAGGAUUGAAGGGUUGCAGAUGUUGUUUCUUUAUUCAAGAAAUGGAGUAAAGAUAGCGCAGGAAAUUAUAGACCAGUGAGUCUUACUUCAGUGGUUGGUAAAUUGAUGGAGAAGAUCCUGAGAGGCACGAUUUAUGAACAUUUGGAGAGGCAUAAUAUGAUUAGGAGUAGUCAGCAUGGCUUUGUCAAGGGCAGGUGGUGCCUUAUGAGCCUGGUUAAUUUUUUUGAGGAUGUGACUAAACACAUACAUGAAGGUAGAGCUGUAGAUGUAAUGUAUAUGGAUUUCAGCAAGGCAUUUGACAAGGUACCCCAUGCAAGGCUUAUUGAGAAAAUAAGGAGGCAUGAGAUCCAAGUGGACCUUGUUUUGUGGAUCCAGAACUGGCUUCUUCACAGAAGGCAAAGAGUGGUUGUAGAUGGGUCAUAUUCUGCAUGGAGGUUGGUGACCUCCAUGUCUCAGGGAUCUGUUCUGGGACCCCUACUCCUUGUGAAUUUUAUAAAUUACCUGGAUGAGGAAGUGGAGGGAUGGAUAGUAAAUUUUCUGAUGACACAAAGGUUGGGGGUGUUCUGGAUAGUGUGACGGGCUGUCAGAGGUUACAGUGGGACAUUGGUAGGAUACAAAAUUGGGCUGAGAAGUGGCAGAUGGAGUUCAAUCCAGAUAAGUGUGAGGUGGUUCAUUUUGGUAGGUUAAAUGUGAUGGCAGAAUUAAUGGCAAGACUCUUGGCAGUGUGGAGGAUCAGAGGGAUCUUGGGGCCCGAGUCCAUAGGAUGCUCAAAGCUGCUACGCAGGUUGACUCUGUGGUUAGGAAAGCAUAUGGUGCAUCGGCCUUCAUCAAUCAUGGGAUUGAGUUUAAGAGCCGAGAGGUAAUGUUGCAGUUAAAUGGGACCCUGGUCAGACCCCAUCAUGGAGUACUGUGCUCAUUUCUGGUCGCCUCACUACAGGAAGGAUGUGGAAACCAUAGAAAUGGCGCAGAGGAGAUUUACAAAGAUGUUGCCUGGUUUGGGGAGCAUGCCUUAUGAAAAUAGGUGGAAUGAACUUGCCUUUUCUCCUUGAAGUGACAGAGAUGAGAGGUAACUUGAUAGAGGUGUAUAAGAUGAUGAGAAGCAUUGAUUGUGCUGAUAGUCAGAGGCUUUCUCCCAGGGCUGAAAUGGCUAGCAUGAGAGGGCACAGAUUUAAGGUGCUUGGAAGUAGGUACGGAGGGAAUGUCAGAGAUAAGUUUUUAACACAGAGCGGUGAGUGUGUGGAAUGGGCUGUCAGCAAUGGUGGUGGAAGCGGAUAAAAUAGGGUGUUUUAAGGGACUCCUGGGUAGAUACAUGGAUAGAAAAAUAGAGGGCUAUGGGUAACCCUAGGUAAUUUCUAAAGUAAGGACACAUUUGGCACAGUUUUGUGGGCCGAAGAGCCUGUAUUGUGCUGUAGGUUUUCUAUGAUUCUAUGCAGCAACUGAACUUUUUAGCCAUGUCUGCAUAUUUUUAUUCAUUGAGUUGCUGCCACAUGAUUGAUUGAUUAGAUAUUUGCAUUAAUGAGCAGGUGGGCAGCUUUACCUAAUAAGGUGGCCACUGAGUGUAUAUUAGAAGCAAGGGAUUGGCUAGAGAUGAGUAGAUUGUCUAGUGACCAAUGGGGAAUCAAUAUAUGGAGCCAGGGGGUGUGAAUGUGGUCUUAAAUAAAUACAUCUCAUUGAUAUUCACCAAGGUGAAGGAAGGGGAGGAUGGCGAGUUAGGGGAGGAGCACACUAAUUUUCUGGAAUAUGCUUGGAUCUUGAAGGGUAAGACAUAGGCGCACACUAAGGUGGAUACAUCUGCUAGGCUUGACUGGAUUGAUCAGGAUACUAUAGGAAGGAAUGGGAAAGGGCAAAAUGUAAAGGGGUAUGCUUUCCCACAGAGGAUCAAGGUCAAAGUAAAUUUAAUAUCAAAGUAAUACACCAGACACAGUACUAUGCAAAAGUCUUAAACACAUGUAAAAAAAUGCCUGUAAACAAAGAUGCUUUCAAAAAUAAUGAAAUGAAGACUUCCCAGAAGCUGAUCAUUUUCUAUCAGAAAAUUUACUAUGUAGAGUUGUAAACAGUGAAAAAAGAAGCUGCACACACAAAAUGCUGGAGGAACUCAACAGGUCAGGCAGCAUUUAUGGAAAUGAAUAAGCAGUCAAUAUUUCGAGCCAAGACCCUUCUUCGGGGCUGUGAAGAAAGGGGGAAGACUACCAGAGUAGUAAGGCGGUGGUGGGGGGGGGGGGGGUAGGGGAAGGAGGAUAGCUCAAAGGUAAUAGUCAGAGCCAAGUGGGUAGAAGAGAUAAAGGACUGGAGAGGAAGGAAUCUGAUAGAAGAGAUUGGACCAUAAGAGAAAGAAAAGGAGGAGGGGACCCAGAGGGCCUGUUACUGAGCUGUAUCUCUAAAUAAUAAAAUAAAAAUAAAUAAUUUCCACCUUUUAUUACCUCAUUUGAUCGCCCACCAACUAUCUCUGUGUACCAUAUCCUUGGCAAAUUUCUCCACCUUGAUGAUUAAAAUUAGUUUUAAAUUAAAUAAUCUCUCAGUUUAUCAUAUAGCAUGAAUUACUAUGAUCAAAAUACUCACAUACACUCUUCAGAAUAGUAUUGUUGAAAUACUUGAUGUUGCUCAGCAGGCUGUACUGUCCAUGGUUCUGAAUCUUCGCAUUGGCACAGAACGUGAAGAAUCUAUACUGCAGAUACUACAAGUGCAGGAACAUCCAUUUCUCUAACAUACGGUAAUAUCAACCCCUCCCCCUUCUCGCUUUUACCAUUCCCAUUCUCACCCCUUCUUCUCACCUCUGGUUCCCCUCCUCCUUCCCUUGCUUCCAUAGCCCACUCUCUUUUCCUUUCAGAUUCCUGCUUCUUCAGCCCAUUACCCUUUCCAGCUUCUCACUUCAUCUCCCCUCCGCCCACCCACCUUCUCCCUCACCUGAUCUCACCUAUCACUUGCCAGCUUGCACCCUUUCCCCUCCCUCACAUUCUUUCUACCCCCUUCAUUUCUAGUCCUGACAAAAUGUCUUCACCUAAAACAUCAACAUUGCCAUAGAGGCUGCCUGACCUGUUGAGAUCCCCCAGUGUUUUGUGUGUAUUGUUCCAAAUUUCCAGCAUCUACAGAAUCUCUUAUGUUAAUACUGCAGUUAGUAUGUUAGGUAUCAGAAUCAGGUUUAUUAUCACCGGCAUGUGACAUGAAAUUUGAUAACUUAGCAGCAGCAGUUCAAUGCAAUACAUAAUCUAGCAGAGAAAGAAAAAAAAUAAGAUAAAACAUAACAAAUAAACAUGUAAAUCUAUUACAAAUAUUGAAUAGAUUAUCAAACAUGUGCAAAAACAGGAAUACUGUAUAUUAAAAAAGUGAGGUAGUGUCCAAAGCUUCAAAGUCCAUUUAAGAAUCAGAUGGCAGAGGGGAAGCUGUUCCUGAAUCGCUGAGUGUGUGCCUGCAGGCUUUUGUACCUCCUACCUGAUGGUAACAGUGAGAAAAGGGCAUGCCCUGAGUGCUGGAGGUCUUUAAUAAUGGACGCUGCCUUUCUGAGACAGCGCUUCCUAAAGAUGUCCUGGGUACUUUAUAGGUACUUUGUAAUGCCCAAGAUGGAGCCGACUAAAUUUUCAACCUUCUGCAGCUUCUUUCGGUCCUGUGCAAUAGCACCUCCAUACCAGACAGUGACACAACCUGUCAGAAUGCUCUCCAUGGUACAACUAUUGAAGUUUUUGAGUGUAUUUGUUGACGUGCUAAAUUGCUUCAAACUCCUAAUAAAGUAUAGCUGCUGUCUUGCCUUC